AUGAUUCAUAAAGGUGAAAAACUUCAUUAUGGAUAUUAUGGUGAUUGUCCCGAGUGUCCAUUAAUUUGUCGUGUUUUCACUAAUGAUGUGAAACGACCUGAAGCAUUUAAAAAGCAACCUAAUCGUGAUUUAACUCCAGAAGAAAAGUUACAAAUGAAACUGCGUAGAGCUGAAGCACCAAAAGGCUUGUAUGAUAAUCCAUAUAAUCCGGGUGCAUGGCGACGUUCUCCAAGGAUAACUGCACCAUAUACAAGUGACUAG